AUGGUCCAGAAGUUUGUACGGGACCGUCGCGCAACCAGAAAGCGCACAACGGCUGUCGAGGUCAAGGAGAUGUGUGUCCACGACAUCGACGUGGAUGACAAGAAGCAGUUCGCAGCAUCCUAUCGUACCAUGCAACGCUUCCUCGAAGCUCAAGGGUACAAGCGAGGCCGCCGGAAGGGCUACUCGACAUACCACCUGUCCAAGGCCAUCGUUGCCGGGAUACUGGACUUCCCAACGAUGGCCAGCAAGGUCAUGGCUCUCGAUAUUUUCACCGGAGGGAAGUCCCGAGCAAAGGAGCCGAAAGAUUACCACGGGAUGUUCGAUCAUGCAUACUACGUGAAGUGUUUCGGUCGCCUUCUGGACGAAAUGGAUGCUAGCGGGGUUACCAAAGCCCUCAUCGUACUCGACAACGCUAAGUACCACAAAUGCCUGCCCGAGUCAACACCAACGAGUGGACGUCGCAAGUCCAUCCUGUUGGAUGCGUGUCGUUUGUACGGUAUUCAAACCACUGGCAAGGAGUUCAAGAGUGAGCUGUGGGAUAUGCUGGCAUCUCACAUUAAAGCACACAUUCACCCCGUCAUCGUGGAAAUGGCCAAGCAUCGUGGGCAUUGCGCGAUUGUGAAGGGAGAGGUUGGUCGACAAUACACGGACAUGACCAAGUUCGCGGAUAUGAAAAUUCGCCUCGAAGCUGCAUUUGCCAACCUGAAACCCAACUCCAUCAAAGGGUGUGUGCGUGCUGCACAAGAGAAGUUGAAGAAGUUGCACGAGCAUCUUGUGCAAAUCGAUACACUCGUAUCCGAUGAAGAGUCAUCAGAUGACAGCGACAAUUCAAGUGACGAUGGUGGCGACUCUGAUAUGGCAAAGCACCGCCAUGAUCGGCAUGCACGCCGCCAGCGGCCACGCCCCGCGCCGUCAUUCGCGCACUCUGCGUACCACGACGUCCUUUGCAACCACGCUAUUUUGGCGCUUCUCUUGCAGUUCCAACACGGGGUGUUCUACCAGCUAUUGCCUCGCUACAGGUCGUGGACGCGGCAAUUCCUCUCUGGCGCGCUGACGGGGCUUACCCAACGGGAACUGCACUUGAGCUCACAAACAGACCCUCGGUACAUCGUCCACCGCGCCAUAUUCGACAACGACCUCGCUUCGGUCCUACUAUUGCAACGAUGUCGGCCUCACCUCCUCACCUCUGCCGCGCUGCCACUAGCGGCCGCAUCUGGGCAUGUCGAGAUGACCGCCUUCCUGCUCGAUCUUGGGCUAAGCUCGUCGAAUGCAUUGGACUUCGCCGCCGCGAACGGACAUGUGGCUGUGUGUCAACAGCUACAGGACACACCCUCUACACCGAAUGCCGUGAAUGCCGCGGCCACCAAUGGACAUUUGAACGUUGUGAAAUUCCUCCAUAGCCUAAACCAGCACGAGGCCACUACGGACGCCAUGGACGGGGCCGCCCAGCACAAGCACUUGGACAUAGUUCAAUUUUUGCACUUCCACCGAUCGGAGGGCUGCACGACGCUCGCCAUGGAUUCAGCAGCGUUAAACGGCGAUUUACCCAUGUUGGAAUUUCUGGAUACACAUCGAGCCGAAGGAUGCACUCCGCGCGCGAUGGACAUGGCUGCCACGCAUGGAUACAUGGAGAUUGUGCGGUAUCUCCAUACACAUCGCCCUGAAGGCUGUACGACCCUAGCCUUGGAUAGCGCUGCGACAAGUGGUCACGAUGACAUUGUUCGCUUUUUACACGAGAAUCGACAAGAAGGCGCUACCGCAAGAGCAAUGGACGGUGCCGCGACGAAUGGACAUUUGAAAACGGUGAUGUUUUUACACACCCAUCGACGCGAAGGGGCCACGUGGCAGGCCCUCGAUGGAGCAGCGAAAUAUGGACAUUUGAACGUUGUGGAAUAUUUACACACCCACGGCCUCAGCACAGGCGACGCAGCGUUCGCACUGGCAUGUGGGAAUGGACAUCUGAAAGUUGUGAAAUAUUUGUACGACAAGCGAGGUGCCACCGGUGACGUGGCGGCGGCGAUGGAGGCGGCGGUGGAAAAUGGACAUUUGAACGUGGUGAAAUUUUUGCACAUGCACCGUGUGGCCAAAGUGACGAAAUACGUGCUUCAAUUGGCGGUGGCUUGCCAACACCAAAAGAUUGUGCAGUAUUUGAGAAGGCGAUGACAAAUAUCAGUUUAACGUUAUGUUUGAAGUACAGUAUCGGUUUACAG